GGGCAGCCCACAGCGGGAGAUGUGGUCCCGAGCCGGCCCGGGGAACGUGUCCUCCGCUAACAUCUGGGGUAAAGGCCCACCAAUUGGCGGGGUAUUUUCCCCAAACCAUGCCUAGGUACGGAGUACACAGCUGGGAGGAGCUUCGAAUUCCCCGGUGAGCCUCGGUUCGGUCCCCAAUUACAAGCUAAAGCUCCCUCGGCCUCCGCAUCGUCAUUUCUCCUCCCACUCCUCCGCAUUUUUAUUCAUCUUCAACGUUGUUCAACCGCGCCGCAUAUCUGCAUAGCAUUUGCCAUUACGAAGUACAUCCAAAUAAAGUGACUUUCCUCCUCCAUGUAAAUUAGAUCCCUCCUGGCCAGAUUGACCUCAUUUAUUCAUCUUUUACCCAUCAAUCGAACCUCAUCGUCACAUCAUCACCAGCACAAUGUCAGACAAGGCAUCGGAUCGGCUUCAAGCUCUGGGCAAGCAGCUCGAUGCGCCUGCUCCUAUCAAGAUUGCCGGGCCGUCUGCGGCGCCGAGAGUACCUGGCAAGGUCGUGAUCAUCACAGGCGCAAACUCUCUCAUGGGCAUCGGUCGCGCGUCAGCACACCAGUUCGCCGAGAACGGCGCCCGAGCCAUUUACAUUUGUGAUUACGCAGACGAGAACCUCGCUUCUCACAAGAAGGAGCUUAACAAGCUGUACCCCAAGGUCGAGGUCCACACCCGCCAAUUCGACGCCGCCGAGGAGAGCGCUGUAAAGGAGGUUGUUUCUCACGCCAUGACGACGUACGGCAGGCUGGAUAUCUUCUUCGCCAAUGCCGGAAUUACCGGCCCUCAUAACCUAUUCACCGACAUCUCGACGGAUGACUUUAUGCAGAACCUGCGGACGAAUACGUUGAGCGUCUUCCUGGCCGCCAAGCACUCCGCCCCCGCCAUGCGCAAGACGUCAGCCGAAAAAACCACCCCCGGCGGCAGCGUAAUCCUCACGGCCUCGGUCGCCGGCAUCCGCUCCAACGCCGGCACGACGCCGUACUCGGCCGCCAAAGCGGCCGUCAUCUCCGUCGCGCAGACGUGCGCCUACCAGGCCGCCGGCACAAACGUCCGCGUCAACGCCAUCUGCCCGGGCCUCAUCGAGACGGGCAUGACGUCGCAGAUGUGGGACCAGGCCCGCGCCCGCGGCACCACGGGUCGGAUCGGGCAGAUCAACCCGAUGAAGCGCGGCGGGCACGCCGACGAGAUUGCGCGGGUGGCGCUGUUUUUGGGGAGCGAUGAGAGUAGCUACGUCAACGGGCAGGCGUGGGCUGUUGAUGGCGGGUUGAGCGCGGGACAUCCGUACGUUGUUGGGAAGCUUGCGUGAUGUGUGUGUGUGUGUGUGUGUGUGUGUGAGAGAGAGAGAGAGAAAAAGAGAGAGAGAGAGAGAGAGAGAGAGAGAGAGAGAGAGAGAGAGA